UUAAAUAAAUCUUUCUAAACAUGUGGCACAUUAAAUUCAUUUCGGUGUUUAUUUUAUUAUGACUAGAAGAAAUUUUGGGUUGUUUGCCCAAUAUUCAAAAUUACUAUUUAUUAUCCAAUCGAACUAUAACUAUAACUAAUUCCAAUUUUCCUGAAUUGAUGGUCACAAGGGAAGAAUGUAUAUAUUAUGUAAAAGCACCAGUUAAUCAUUUUAUCGAAAUGAACUGUCACUUCAAAAUGAUUCCUGAUGCAUGCAGUUCAAUGUUUAUUUUGACCUCCGAAGAUGGUGAUUUAAAAUUUCGUGAUGCUGAUCGUUUUUGCCGUUCGGGCAGAUUUACCAAAAUGUCAAGUUUUCAAUAUUUUGCCUUGAAGUUGUAUUUUAAUGAUGAAUCAAGUUCAGAAAGGCAACAAAAACUUAAAAUCACUUGCGAGGCAAAGGCAGUGACUCGUUCUGAGGCCUGUGAUUGCGGUUGGUGCGCCCCGCCCGACCUCGAUAUACGAAUAGGCAAUGGUCGAAAUGCAAGCAAAAAUGAGUUUCCCUUCUUGGUGGCUAUACAGGAAAUUGGUUCUUAUAUCAAAAUAUUUUGUGGCGGGAGUAUUGUGAGUAAUCGUCAUAUAGUGACAGCAGCUCAUUGUACGAAACGACAGCCGCUCGCAAAUAACUUGAUGGCUCUGGUGGGUGCUCACGAUCUCAACGCUAAAUCCAAAUAUGUCCGUAAACAUUCCAUAUCUCUUAUUAUCAAUCAUCCAAAUUAUGUAGAAGAUUACAAUGAUAUAGCUCUGUUAUUGACACGGACCUCCAUGGAAUGGUCAUGGGGCGUGGCACCCGUUUGUCUACCCUUCUUGGAUACCGAAAAUUCAUUUGUUGAACACCCUGUAGAGAUUGCUGGUUGGGGUUCAGUGAAAUUCGGUGGUCCCACAUCGGAUACAUUACUAAAAGCAAAUCUAUUCGUUCUUGAAAAUGACAGGUGUAACAUUUAUUACAAUAAUACCAUAGAGGACAAUCAACUAUGCACUACUGAUCGUUCGGAACAAGGUAUGGACUCCUUGCAAAUGGAUUCGGGAGGCCCAGUCAUAUUGCGUCAACGUGAUCGCAUGUUUCUGGUAGGUAUCAUCAGCUAUGGGAAAAUUUUUGAACAAGGCAUAACCCUUGGCAUCAAUACACGCAUUACAUCCCAUCUUGAUUGGAUUCAAAGCCAUGUGAAAAAUCCAAUUUGUGUGCGUUAGUGAAAAAAAAAGAACGGUUAGCUGGAGAUGUGAUUCAUUCUCUUUUACAUAAAACGCGACUUGCGCCUAAUUUAAUUCCUUAAAUUUGGUCUUAUAAAUUUAAUUUAUUCCUAACAUAGCUUUGCUUAAUCCUAUAAAAAGGUUCUUCUUCCCAAAUUAGUUUAACAAGUGCUCUCAUCUGAUUUUAUUGAUUUGAAGAAGAUUCUAAAUUAUGUUUCUACUUUAUAAACAUACCAAAUUUUGGACCAAA